CCAUGACGUCACCCCUGAUUUGUUUACUGCUACGUGUUCGGGAAGUGACAGAAGGCUCCGGGGUGACAGCAAAGCCAGAGACCACCCUGAGUUCUAGGCCCCGGGGUGGCAGUUUAGGCAAAGCCCACCCCAAGUGCCAGGGUCCGGGGUGACAAAGCAGCUAGUGCUGUCCCGGGUGACAGGAGAGCCUGAGCUCCCCACGGGCGACAGACCCGGAGAGUUGAGGGCACAGAGCAUGCGUUGGGAGCGCUGUAUUCUCGAGACCUGAGAGGCCCCACAGUCAGCUGAGCUUGUUCACAGCCUCACCCGCAACAUGAGCUGGUUUAAUGCCUCUCACCUCUCCAGCUUCGCUAAACAAGCUCUGUCUCAGGCCCAGAAAUCCAUAGACCGUGUGCUGGAUAUACAGGAGGAGGAGAGAGACACACAGGACAAUGAUUCUUCCAUAAAAAAUAGCUGGGAAAACUCAAACUGGGGUGGAACUACAGAGGAGUCCCUAAAUCAGGUUAUUUUAUCCCCAACUGCUAUCACUAAGCCAGUUAGGCGGUCAGUUGUGGAUGAGUCUGAAAGCUUUUUUAGUGCCUUUCUGUCUUCCCCGGAGGUAAACACUGUCUCUGUUAGUCCCGUUGUUUCAAAACCUCCAACCAAAUCCCAAGGACUUAAAGAAUGCAGAACACCCCAGGUAAUUUCCCAAGCUGAUCAGGGAGAUACAAUUCAAGACAAACUGGAAAAGCAUGAGGAAUGUCCAAGCCUACCGCAAAAUAAUGAAAGACCAGAACCUCCAGCAGAAGAGAAACAGGAGUCAAGCAUUGCUGAGAUUUCUGCUGAGGAAACCUGUAACACUAAAAAGCCCAGCCAAGAUCCUCAUAAAAGUUCUGAAGAUGUGAAAGAUAAAAAUGUUGUCUUGAAGUCAGAAGGACCUGUCAGCACUACGCCCGCGGUUAUACCUGAGGAUAAAGACAUUGCAGUAGAUACAAAAGACCAAAAACCUGAAGACAGGCAAAGUAAUACUCCUUCACCACCUAUUAGCACUUUUUCUUCUGGAACCUCCACAACCAGUGAUAUAGAGGUUCUGGACCAUGAGAGUGUGAUUAGCGAGAGUUCCGUCAGUUCAAGGCAGGAAGCGUCCGAUUCUAAAGCCAGCCUCCAUCUAAUGCAGACUUCCUUUCAGCUUCUGUCUCCGUCUGUGGAAUUCGGACGUUUAGAUGAGUUUCAAAAACUCACUGAGAGCUGCUCGUCCUCUGAUGCUUUUGAAAGGAUUGACUCUUUCAGUGUUCAAUCCCUAGACAGUCGUAGUAUAAGUGAGCUUAAUUCUGAUGACGAGCUGUCGGGGAGAGGUUGCACAUUGGUUUCUAUUGCUGUGAGCCCUUCUGCCGCCAGCACGGACAUAGCCGGCUCUGUAGAGAGUAAAUCUGAUCAAGAUCUAAAUGAGACGCUAGUUGUGCACUCAUCAGAAGACGUUGAGAUGGAAGAAAGUGGAAGGAGUGCAACUCCGGUUAACUUGGAGCAGCCAGAACUGUUGGUUACUUCUUCUCAGACACAUGAAGCGUCCGUUUCCAGUGAGGACGUGUUGCAAGAGUUACAGGAUAUUGACUCGGAGCCAAAGGGUGAUUACACAGCUGAAGAUAUGCAAAAGAUAAUAGAUGAACUUACAAUCAGACUGGAAAAGAGAGAGACACAACUUUUAUCAAUAAGCAAGGAGAAGGCAUUAUUAGAGGAAGCUCAUGAUAACCUUAAUGAUGAAAUGUUAAGGCUUAAAGAAGAAAGCCACAGUAGCCUCUCCCUGAAAGACGAGUUUACUCAUCGAAUAGCAGAAGCUGAAAGGAAGGCACAGCUGGCCUGUAAAGAGAGGGAUACGACCAAAAAGGAAUUAAAGAUAUUGAAGGAGGAACUGGCUACAAGAUUACACUCCAGUGAAACUGCUGAAAUAAUGCGAGAAAAGGAUGAGCAAAUUAAAGGCCUGUUAGAGGAAGGGGAAAAGCUCUCAAAACAACAGCUGCAGAAUUCCAACAUUAUUAAGAAGUUGCGCGCAAAAGACAAGGAACAUGAGCAGACUAUCGCCAAACAGGCAAAGAAAAUGCGUGAGCUGGAAGAGGAAUUGCUGCUGCUAAAACAGACAUUAGACGGUAAGGAAGAGCUUGAAAAACAACAUCGAGAGAACAUCAGAAAGCUAAAUAGUGUGGUAGAGAGGCAGGAAAAGGACAUUGGGCGGCAUCAGGCGGAUAUGGAAGAACUACAAGAAAAGAACCGCAGUCUCCAGUCUGCUCUCGAUAACUCCUACAGAGAACUUGCAGAACUACAUAAAGCAAACGCUACGAAGGCCAGUGAGGCGCAAGAAGUCGCCCUAAGUUGUGAGAUUAAAGCAAGAGAAAAACUUACUUUGGCUCUGGAGAAGGUGAAAGAGGAGGGUCAGAAGCAACAAGAGGUGCUGGCGAUACAGGUGACGGAUUUGAGGCUUGCGCUGCAGAGAACUGAGCAGCAGGCAGCAAGAAAGGAAGAUUACCUCCGGCAGGAAAUUGCUGAAUUACAACAGAGGCUUCAGGAAGGGGAGUCACGGAGCCAAGAGCUGAGUCAUAGUGUGACAUCUGCCACUCGCCCGCUUCUUCGCCAGAUUGAAAACCUCCAGGCGACACUAGCAGCGCAGACUUCAUCCUGGGAAAAGCUGGAGAAAAACCUUUCGGACAGACUCACUGAAUCCCAAACAUGGUUGGCAUCUGCAGUAGAAAAGGAGCGCGCAUCCACAGAAGAACUUCUUUCCAUUAAGACUCAGAUAGCUGCUAUUGAGUCCCAAAACAGCCUCCUGCGUCAAGAGAAAAGCAGGCUCCAGGCUCAGUUAGAAGUGGAGAAAUCCAGGUUGUCGCAGAUGGAGGAAGAGCACAGCAGAAAUCAAGUGGAAUUAGAAAAUCUGAAGACAGAGUAUAAAAAAGCAGUGGAAGAAGCAAGAAAAGAAAAGUCUCUGCUAACAAGUCAGCUGGAAAUGGAGAAGAUGAGAGUGGAACAAGAGAGAAAAAAAGCAUUAAUGUUCCAAGAAGCUGCCAAAGAGAAGGAGAGGAAAUCGUACAGCCUUCCGUCUGCAGACACUGGUGCCACAACUCCUACGUUGUCUCGCUCAAGCUCUAUAAGUGGCACAGACUUCUCAGGUUUGCAGGCAUCAUUCAUCUCACAGGACGAUUCCCAUGAUCACUCUUAUGGAUCUAUGUCUGUGUCAAUCAGUGGAAGCAAUCUUUAUGAAGCGGUGCGUAUGGGAGCUGGCUCUAGCGUUCUAGAAAACCUACAGUCACAGUUGAAACUGCGAGAGGGAGAGAUCGCUCAGCUGCAGCUUGAAAUCGGAACGCUGGAAAAAACCCGCUCAAUAUUAGCUGAAGAAGUUGUUCGAUUAAAUAAUAUCAACGAUGAACUUGAAGAGAAAGUGAAGGAAUUACCCAAACUGAGAGUGCAGAUGAAGGAGCUGGACCAGCGCUACAACACGAUUCUGCAGAUGUACGGCGAGAAAGCAGAAGAGGCGGAAGAACUGAAACUUGACCUGCAGGAUGUAAAAAAUAUGUACAAAACUCAAAUAGAUGAACUUUUAAAACAAAGACUCCAUUAGCUGCUGCAAACAAUAGACAAUAUGUAAAUGUAUAAAAUAGAAUGUAAAAUACUUUUUAUCACGAUGAACUGUUCCUGUCUGAUCGUUGCCUACCAUUAAAUUAUUUAUAUUAUUUAAAUGAUCUUCUUCCUGAAUAAACUAUUAUUCAUUUUUUAGACGACCGUACAAA